AUGGCUACUCAACUCCACCGGCUAGAGGUCCUGGACCGCACCGCGCUGCCGGAAUUCACCACGCCGGUCAAGUGCAUCCACGAGAGCAGCGACGUGCCCGCGUUCCUCACCAGCCUAGCCUACCGCGACAUUGGCAUCUUCAUCAUGCAACUCAACCACGCCGUGUGUCCGCGCCACCGCAAAGACACGCCCGUCCCGCAGAUCUUUGUCAUCCCUUCCCAGCAACACGCGCCGCUUCUACCCCCUGUCCAGGCGCUGCGGGACCUGCUCGCCGAGAUGGAGCGCCUCAUCGACGAGGCGCCGCCCGCGCCGGGCCCGCGCCGCUUCGGCAACCUGAGCUUCCGCGCAUGGCACGCGCUGCUGGAGGGCAAGGCGGAUGGCCUGCUGGAGAGGGCCACGACUUUGGGCGAGACGACGAUGGCGGGCUCCGGAGCGGCGCGCCAGGAGAUCAAGAGCUAUCUGCUGGGCGGCUUCGGCAGCGCGCAGCGCCUCGACUACGGCACCGGCCAUGAGCUCAGCUUUGUGGCCUUUCUCGGUUGUCUGUGGAAGCUUGGCCAUUUCAAAACGGACAAUCCAGAGGUGGAGGUUGAGAGAGAGAUUGUCUUUUCCGUCAUUGAACCAUAUCUGGCGCUUGUCCGAAAGCUCAUCACGACAUAUACGCUCGAGCCUGCGGGCUCCCACGGCGUUUGGGGUCUAGAUGACCACUCCUUUGUACCAUACAUAUUUGGUUCUGCGCAGCUGACGAGGCCUAUUGACGAGAAUGACCCCAUGCCGCUCGAGGGUUCUGUGAGAGGCGCACCCAAGACCGGUGACAUUACCAAAUCAUUGGUUGUCGAGGACAACCGCCAAACAAACAUGUACUUUUCCGCCAUUGGUUUCAUCAACGAUAUUAAAAAAGGUCCGUUCUGGGAGCACAGCCCGAUGCUGUUUGACAUAUCUGGCGUCAAAGAUGGCUGGGGCAAGAUUAACAAGGGAAUGAUUAAAAUCAGCGCAGUCUGCUCCGUCUGCCCCGGCAACCACAGCCGCGCCAGUCGGAGGUACGGCAGCGCCAUGGGCUCAAACAUCGAGAAUGCCGCCGCCUACUGGAACGACUGCCGUACCAGCGAGUCGCAUGCCACCGCCCACACAACGGCCUGGACCGCCACCAGGUGA